AUGUACUCUUGCGCCAACUACCCUCGUGGUUGCCGAGGACGCGUGAAUAAGGAAGGAACGAAGUGCUCAGACUGCAGGCAACUCAACCUUCGACGCCCAGCUUCUGCCUCACCUUUUGCGCAACCUCGCAAUUUCAAGCGCCAACUUCCCUCAGAGAUGCUCAGUGACUCAACCUUCAACCUGUCCGAGCUGGACAUCUAA